GACUACACUGUCCUUCAACAUAAAGUACACAAGCAACAAUCUAUAGGUAUGCUUGCAACAAUGUCUAGGUACAACUACUCCCAUGGUACCCUGUCUUUGACACUUACUGUUCAUGACACUGUUUCGAAUAUUGGAAGCAGUAGUCAACCACUCACCCCUCUGCUGAGUCUGUCCAUACCCUCCACUUCACUUUCUCUCUUUGAGCCAGAACCUCUCAGAGAUACACCUUUAUGUAGUCAGAGCAUACAAUGUGUGUGUACAAACACAGCUUUGCCUGUAGCCCAAAUCAGCUUGUUUAACACUCUAGAUCUCAACCCUAGUACACUACUCACACUUGCUUUGUACUGUUACAGUCAACCUCUUCAACUUGUGCAAUCUUACAACCCACAUACAUGUAUAAUUCAACUUGUAGGGACAGAGCAACAACUAAAACAUAGUGAUGAAGACUACAUCAAACGAUCUGAAAAUGCAUCCAUCCUCUUUUAUCACAAAUGCUGUUUGAAAAAGAACAAGGCAGAGGCAGCUCAUUAUACACUUGAAUCUGACUCACCCUCUGCUUAUAGUUCACUGUAUGGCUGCCCUUCAGAUAUUUGUACACAAUGUGUAGUGGUGUGUGUGAAGUGGAAAUGGUGGACUUUGCUGAUUUUGAGAUGGGUGAUACAGAGUGAUUGAAAGGACAGGGUCAACUACAGACAUGGUCAUAACUGUUGAGCUUCUCAAUGCCCCUGCUUUCUGGUGGUCUGUCUGGAUCUGGUCAAGGUACGGGCCUGGCAAUUGACACCUAUAAUGUACUUGUUUGCCACUUGAGUCUGGUCCAAUCCCAACCUCUGCCUACUUGUAUUUGCAUCACAGCAGACACAGACACUCUCACUUGCUCUCUGCACAAAUCUUAACACAGACUGUACUAUGUAUGUGUUUCAGGUUUAUUUUCCUUAAUUAUUGUAGAUAGUGA